AUGGCUCCCUUUCGAACGCCGCUGGCGCUUCCCUCUUCCCUCCGCCGCCCUUUUAAAUCUCCCCCUCCGUCCCUCCUCCGUCCCUACUGCCUCCUGCCCCUCCCACCGUCCUUUAAAAGGUCGCGUCUAUUCUCCUCCCAGCCCGCUCCCAGUCCCCCGCCGCCGCCGUUCUGCAUGCCCCCGAGCUUCCACCACGACGCCCCCGCCAUCGCCCACGAACACAUGUCGCUCACCGAUCUCUACGCGUUCGACGACCCGGCCCAGUUCGAUCCCGUCGUCCCAGACGCGGAUCACAUGAUCUUCGACUUUGACGACUACUACGACCGCAAGUCGCCGUUCAACUGGGACCAUGUCAACGACUACACCAUGCAUCCCUUCCCUGCCUCUCCCGACUCGCUGUCCAGCCAGCCAGAGCUCCAUACUUCUCCCUACAUCCCUCCUGCACGCCAACACUUCUCUCCGGAUCUCUUGUCCAGCCACGAUCUGCCCCCGCUCGCCGACUUUAACGACAGUGGCCUUUAUUCGCACUGGAUAACAGAUCCCGACCCUCCCUCGCUCUUCCACUCGUCGCUGCCCAUCCCGAUCCCGAAUCACCAGUCCCAGUCACCUCCCGGCGAGUCUUUUAUUGCUUACAGCAACAGCUCCUCCGUCUUCCCAGAUGUCACCGCGUUCUCGCCUAUGACAGCCUUUGCUGCGCUCCAGCCGCUGCCCCGGUCCUUUUCUCCCCAAGAUGACACGAUCAUGACAGACGCUCUCCAGCACGACAUGUCGCAGGCCUUUGCUCCUCCCGCCCCCGCGUGGGCCACGCAGCUAUGGGACUCGCCCAGCCCGCAGGACACGUCACUCUCGCCGCCCCAGACGCCUGCGGAGUUCACACUUUCCGCAGAAGACGCGUUCGCCACUCAGCGGCAGCGCGUCCCGACGCGACGGAGCGCAGUCACAUCUGUCUCCCAGAUUUUCCAGUCCUCCAGCGCGCCCUCGCUCUCGUAUGCCCGCCCUCCGCUCCAGUCGCGCGCCUACAGCCGCCGUGCCGAGUCUAUCAGCGAGCACGAUGAUCGCGAUGCGACGGUGCGAAAGAAGAAGCGCACCACUCCCGUGGACGAAGACGAGGUUAGACCCGUGGAAAAGACGUCGGAGAGCCCCCCGACCAGGUCAAUGCUGCGCCCUCCCAAGCUUGCUCCAUCUGCGUGGCAGCUGUAUUUCACCGAUUGGAUUCAGCGCCACCAGGCGUCCAGCCAUAAGAAGUUAAAUGUCGCCCAGGCUGCUAAAGAGGCUGGGCAGGAGUAUGCGAAGCUCACCCCCGAGGAGAAAGAGCCGUACAAACGCCGCUCCCAGGCGGCAAAGGAGACGCGGGAGCGCGAGCUAGCUGCAUACAUGCGCAAACUGACGCCCGACGAUAUCAAACGCGAGAACGCGUUUCGGACCGCACAGCGCAAGGCGGGCAAGUCGCGCAAGGGCAACAUCAAGGACCCAAAUGCGCCGAAGAAGCCGCUGAGCGCGUACUUCAUGUUUCUCCAGCGGAUCCGGUCGGAUCCCGAUUUGGUUAGGGAGGUCUUCGGCGACGAAACUGAGACGACGAAACAGAGCGUCUUAGCGGCCGGCAAGUGGCGGUCAAUGACGGACGAGCAGCGGAAGCCGUUCCUUGCACAGGCCGAGCAGGAGAAACUGGAAUAUGAGUCGGCGCGCAAGUUGUACGAGGAGGGCACUACGGGCUACUCGUCAAGCAUAAAUUUCAGCAUCCUGCCCAGUAGCCCUAUCAAUUCGAUCUCAUUCCCUGGCAGUCCGUUGCGACCCCUCAAGCAGGAGUCCCUCAGCUCCGAGAGCGAUAGCGAAGAGUUCGCAACGGACGAUGGCGACCGUCGUUGA